GUGUGAACAUUGAUCCUGCGGGAGUAGGGGGUUCAUCAUGGCGGAUGACCUGAAGAGAUUCCUGUAUAAAAAAUUACCAAGUGUUGAGGGACUCCAUGCUAUUGUUGUGUCUGAUAGAGAUGGAGUGCCUGUUAUUAAAGUGGCCAAUGACAAUGCCCCAGAGCAUGCUCUGAGACCUGGCUUCUUAUCUACUUUUGCCCUUGCAACAGACCAAGGCAGCAAACUUGGACUCUCAAAAAACAAAAGUAUUAUCUGUUACUAUAACACUUACCAGGUGGUUCAAUUUAAUCGUUUACCUUUGGUGGUGAGUUUCAUAGCCAGCAGCAAUGCCAAUACGGGAUUGAUUGUGAGCCUAGAAAAGGAACUUGCUCCAUUAUUUGAAGAAUUGAGACAAGUUGUGGAAGUUUCUUAG